AUGCGUUACUCCGUAGCCGUGCCGGCUUUCGCAGCCUUGGCCGCUGCCCUUCCAGCUCCCCAGCUAAUCGACCUUGAUAUGGUCAUCGCACAACCCGACAUUUCCUACACCACAACUGCUAGCUCCGUCACCUACGAUGUCACCUCCAUCGCUGCUCAAGCUACAGAUGACAUCACCUCGAUCUCUGUGGACAUCAGCGCUAUCGCUACCCAGACACCUCUCGCAGUCAUUGAGAAGAGAGGCGCUUGUGCUGCUCAGCCCACUGGAGUCACUGGAAUCUAUGGUCCUCCUGCAAGCCCCACGGACGACACCGUAGCUGCAUUCGCGGCCAACGCUGCCUUUGCUGCUGCUGCUUCAUCAGCUCCUGUUCCCUCGGGAUAUUCGAACACCUUCACCAACCUGAAUGCCUCCAAUAAUGCUUACGGUUAUAUGGGAUACACCACCUUGAAGUCCUACGAUACAAAUCUGUGCGCUUCUAAGUGCAAUGCCAUCAAUGGCUGCAUGUCAUUCAACUUAUACUUCGAAAGAGAUCCCAGCGUUGACCCUGCUGCUGCAUGCCCCAACCCGACAUCCUACACAAUGAUCAAGUGCGUGUUCUGGGGAGGUCCUGUUUCCUCGUCCAAUGCCAACAACUACGGUCAAUGGCGUAACCAGUUCCAGGUUGCCAUCGCUGGUUCCAACGGCUACAUGAACAACACCCUCGAAGUCCCUGCUGGUUUCGGCAAUGUCCAGUACCUCAACAACGCUGCUAUCAACGCUCCACUUGAUGUUGAAGGCUAUGAUACUUUCAUGGGCUCUCGUAUCUUCAAUCAAGGCCCCUUCAACGCUUCUCUCUGUGCUGCCCAUUGUCAAGCUCAGAACGCCUACAACACUGCUCACCCUCCUAACAACGGCGCUCCUGUCAAGCUCUGCAACUUCUUCAACACUUAUCUGCUCUACCUUAACAAGACUUCCAACAGCCAAGGCCAAUACUGUGCUCUUUAUACCGAGGCUUGGGACUCCAGCUACGCCACUAACAAGGGCCAGUACCGUGGAAGUGAUCGUGAGUCCAGCAGAUCUUAUCUUGACAUAGCAAGAGCUAACACUUGCCAGACNUACAUGAUUGAGUACUCUUACACCUUCACCAACACUUCCAACCCAGGCUUCAACCCCAAGAAGGGUGACACCAACGGCGCUGUCCACCAGGCAUCCAUCGACAUCAAGUACGCCACUCUUCAGCCCUUCUGCUCAUCGGCUCUCGGAUACAGCGCUCUUCUCGCUACCGUCACUCCUUCAACCGUCGUUACUCCUAUGGUCACCAGCACUGUCUUGAGCACCAUCACUAUCACUGCCGACAUUCAGAAGCGCUCUGCUGUGACUGAUGCAUCUGCAUCUUUGUCGACCCCCGCUGUUUUGAAGAAGUAUCCUGCUUCGAUUCUCGUUAGCGCUUGUUCCAUGGUGGUUACUCAAGCUACUAGCACCUCUACUUCCACUGCUCCUCUCGUCACCGUUUCGGCUGCUACUCAGACAACUCUGGCAACAUCAACUGUCGUCGUCACUGCCUCUCCCAUCCCCAGUGCUUGUGGAAACCAGGGUAUUCAAUUUGCCUUCUAUGGUAAGCCCAUUUAUACUGAGGGCGACUCUGUCGGAGACGUAGAGCCCUCUGACUACGCAACCAGAACACCAACCUGGGCCGACACCACAACCAGGGUUGGUGGCAUCGACGUUGACGUGUACGACCCUCGAACCAUUCAGAUCUACGACACAACCCAACGCGAGAGCUCCCAAUACUUCGUCCUGAACCACCGUGGCUACGUAAGUUGCGAAAAGCUCCAGAAAAUGAAUCCCCAGUGUGCUAACAGAACAUCANNGAUCUUCGCCCAAGUCGCUGGUACUUACACCUUCAGUCUCACAAACCCUGAUGACAUUGUCUUCCUAUGGCUUGGAGAGCAUGCCCAGAGCGGCUGGAACAGGGGCAAUGCAGCUGCCCUCGCCACCCUCGGCACAUCCGCGACCACUACAUACGCUCUCGAGGCCGGACAAUACCUUCCCUUCCGCAUCUUCUUCGGCCAGCAAGGUGGACCGGUCAGAUUUGCCUUCUCCAUCAACGCACCUGAUGGCACCCCCAUUCUCGACAGCAACACUUCCGAGUCCGACUUCAUCGUUCAGUACUCUUGUGAUGAGACUACUGCUCCUCCUUUCCGUGCUUUCGGCCAGAGUAAAUAUCGUCCUCAAAGGACGAUCACAUCCUAA